AUGUAAUAAAAUGAAAAUGAUUCUUAACACGAUGAUCCUUAACCAUUGCAAGAGGAAACCAAAGAACAAUAAUAACUUGAAAAUAAUAUGGAGGUUAACACAAACUAAGAACAACAAAAUGAAACUGACAAAUAAAAUGAGCAAUUAAAUGUUACUUCCUAAUUUCCAAAUCACGAAUAGUAAGAAGUGAAUAAUGAAAAAACUGUGAUGGACACUGAGUAAUAGGGUGAUGUGAAAGAGACCCCAAAUAAGAAAGAGGAGAUCAUCAAAUAAGAACAAGCAGAANAUAAGAAUCAACUUUGGAUUUUGGUUACGAUUUUCUCAUUUAUUAUCUCGAUAUUUUGGUUUGUCACCACAACAAUAGAUCCCACUGAUCGGGAGAUUUACAUUUAGCAGAAACUCAAAGAAAAGAAGUAAUGAACGAUAAUUUAAAAAUGAUAGAGUGAAAUACGAGACUAAAUUGAAUUGCUAUUGCAAGGUAUGUCAAGCUUAUGUAAAGGCACCGUCAAAGCAUUGCAAAUAGUGCAACAGGUGUACAGAACUCUUCGAUCAUCAUUGCAUUUGGUUGAAUAAUUGCAUUGGGUUAAGAAAUUAUAAAUAUUUCUUUAUAUUAAUAGUACUUUUAGAAUUUUAUUUAAUUACUGUACUAAUUAUUUCAAUAUUUGUCAACAAGAUACUUAGCUAUAUAUACAUGGGACUCACUAUUAUUUUGAUGAUUCCCGUCACCUUUUUACUAGUCAUGCAUAUCUACUUUAGAUGCAAGAAUAUGACAACCUACGAUUAUGUAUUAAGCAGAAGGAAAAUCGACUAGAAGAGCUCCUAAGACAAGUAGUAAGAUGGUACAUCAAACCAAACAAAUCUGCAAACCAACAUCAUCUCUAGAAACUUUCUUCAACAAACCAACAUCAACGUAUAGACUGCUCCUCCGAAACCCAAUCUAAUCAAAAAAGUGAUAGAUUGGGAUCAGGAGGAGGCAGAUGUGGAAGAAGGAGACAGCUAUCAUGCUAAAGAACCAUUGCCAUUGCCUAGUUCGAAGAGUAGUGCCAGAUAAAUGGAUUCUUAGUGUAACUCUGCUCACAAGAUGUCUUGUCCCAAUACUCUCAGGUAAAUUUAUUAAAACUCAUUGAUAGAGGUAAUAUAUCCACAAUUCAGUUGACUGAAACCAAACCAAUCCGAUCUUUGUUUAAUGUGAAAGAUUUUUAAUAAAUGAUUGAAAAUUAAUUGGUGAACAACGUUAAUGAGGGUUCCAUCAUUUAAUUUGAUUCAAAACAUUCACAAAAGACUAAUCAGAUUGAGAUCAAUAUAUGA